CCGCCCACUCCACCUCAGACCUCAGCACGCCCACGUCCGCCUCCUCCGCACUCGUGCCCUCCGCCAUACCCUCAAAACCAUAGGGAUCGCCCAGUAUGGACAUCGCACCAGACGCGGGGCCGAGGCAGCGGCAGCGGCAUCCGCCUGCAUCCGUAUCGACCCAAGAGACGCAGCAAAACGACCGCCCUAAGCUGUCUUCACGGCGGUCGUCGAACCACCCGGGCGGAAAAGUCAAGCAUGGCGCCUUCAUGCAGUUCCUGCGCAUGUGUGCCUUUGCUGCCUACUUCAACGGCAGCAUCAUCGGCAUCUUCGUGACCCAAGCCAUCGGCGCUCCGCUCUACCUUUACAGCAAGGACAUCUUCUACGCCUGGAUGGCCAUGACCAAGCAGCACUUCGGCGUCGUCGUGACGACCAUGACAUACUGGUGGGCGCCCGUCAAGAUGCGCAUCAGCGGCGACGCCAGCGUGCGCGGCCAACUGCGCAAAACGGCAGACGGGCGCAUCGAGACCGAUUUUCCGGAGCGCCUCGUGCUGAUCUCCAACCACCAGAUCUACACCGACUGGAUCUAUCUGUGGUGGAUCGCCUACACCUCCAGCAUGCACGGGCACCUCUACAUCAUCCUCAAAGAGAGCAUAAAAUACAUCCCCAUCCUCGGCACCGGCAUGAUGUUCUACGGCUUCAUCUUCCUCUCACGCAAAUGGGCCACCGACAAGCAGCGCUUCCAGUACCGUCUGAAGAAACUCAGCACCUCGAGCCCGGACGCCAUGACGCCCGACAACCCGCGCGGCCUGAACCCAAUGUGGCUGCUCAUCUUCCCUGAGGGCACGAACCUGAGCGACAACGGCCGCAACGCCUCGGGCAAAUGGGCCGCCAAGAACAACAUCCCAGACCUUAAGCACGCCCUGCUUCCCCGCUCAACGGGGCUGUCGUACUGUCUCCAGGAACUGCGGGAUUCCGUCGACUACAUGUACGACUGCACCCUCGCCUACGAAGGCGUGCCCGCGGGCCAGUACGGCCAGGACCUGUUCUCGCUCCGGGGGAGCUAUUUCCAAGGCCGUCCGCCGAAGAGCGUCAACAUGCACUGGCGGCGUUUCGCCACCAAGGACAUCCCCCUCGGCGACGAAAAAGUGUUCGGCGACUGGCUACUCGAGCGGUGGCGGGAGAAAGACGAGCUGCUGCAGUACUACCUGGACCACGGCAGAUUCCCCGCCGACGAGGGCGUCGGUGCUGAUGCCAAGGGCGAGCAGGUGAAAGGCGCGGGCUGGAUCGAGACAGAGGUCAGACCCCGGUUUUGGUGGGAGUUUGCGACUGUUUUCGUCCCGCUCGCUGCGGUGCUCUUGCUGCUGAGAGUGCUUGCGCAGUUGCGCGCGAGGUUUGGGUAGUAGAAGGCAGGGUUGGAUGUGAUUGGGAGGAUCUGCAAGAGGAAGAUGUGCCAUGGUAGUAGUCUUGGG